AUGCCAUCUGGAUUUCAGAGUUUUAUCCGAACUCUACCAUGCAACGACUUGCAGUUCGGUUCAUAUGAUAUCACGAUAGAUGAGCUUACUGUACUCUUCGCUGCUCUUCACACAGCCAAAGAGCUAGGCCUUGUGCAAGAAGGCAGCUCAGAGGUAUCCGCGACUCCUUGCCAAUCAUAUGUUAUUGAAAGCGGGCGAAUUGGUGAAUAUUUGAUACACCCUGAAGCUGCCGUACGGAUAUCGGCUCUCUCUUUGUUGAUAGCAGCCCCCUCAACUACGAAACCAUUCUCUUCAGAUACCCUCCAGGUCCUGAUCAAAAAUUUCCCUUACAUGCAUACUGAUAGCGACCCACAAUAUCGAGGAGAGAUAUUCAGCCUGAUUCGAAAGUUUAUCAUUAGGUUGCGCGGCUGCCUGUCUUCGUGUCUCAAGUCGACGAGCCUUGAUGAUGGAUCGCAACUUGCAAAUCAACAUACAGCAGCAAAUGAUUUAUAUGCGGUCGGAUACUCCAAUACCGCUGGCGAUCAUAUCGAAUUUUUGCGAUGGUAUGUGGGAUUUCUCGAACUAGAACUUCAGCCAACGAUGUCCUAUCAGAGGCACAUAUCGGCACUCAAAACAUUGGUAUUGUUAUUGCAGACAGGCCUGGAUAACAGAAUUGGCCAUGCACACUUGUCCAGACUUGGACAAGAUCAAACCUCCUGGAACUGCAGUAUUGAAAUAUUUCGACCAAGUCUCUUCAGACUCCUUGGUGAUUUACUUAUAAACCCAUUUGAUGACGUCCGAGCUGCGGCUUCGACACUUCUGAAUAUGUUUCCUCGGACACAUAUCCGAACAUCUCUCGAGAAUGACGGAGAAAAAUACAUCUCAGAUGGGCGCUAUUCACAUUCACGGCUACAACUAAUUAAGGCUCUGGAAAGAGCGGAGCGCGUCGCACGUGGCACUAGUAGAGCUGAUCAUGCUGAUGCAGUGGCUCGCCUCUAUCACAUUUUAUUUGACCUUGCCAGUUCCAACACAACAUUAGACAGCAGUGGAAACUGGUAUGAGCUAAAGCAGACUAUUGUGGAACGACUUCUUUCAACUUUGGAGGGGAACCUAUAUUCAACUGAUGGCUCGUUUCAAAACGCAAUUCGGGAGACUUCUGUGCACGGAUAUAUCUCCGCGUUGAGGGACAUUCUCUGUAUAGAUUCCCCUGAAGGUCAAGAUGAGGACGCAGCAGAUGAGCUGAGGGGCCCGAAGGAUUUGUUAUCGUGCUCUUGGCGUGCUUUGCGGGAAUCCAGUAUGCUUCUCUACGCAAUAUUAGUAAAUUCGAGCUACGCUCCUGACACUUCCGGUAGUGGGCUCGUCGAAGCCGAUUUCAACAAAAUUGGAACGCUAAGUUUUACACAACUUGCUGAGCUACGACAUCGUGGUGCAUUUUCAGCGGUUUCUCAGACUUUCACGGCUUGCUGUCAAAAAUGUGCCCAGACGAAGGACUCUAGCGUUUCCGGCCUCCUGAACAUCUGGUACAAGGCUUCGAAGUUGACCCGAAGAUCCGCGGGCCUCCCUGCACUAGUGACAGGGAUAGCUUCUUCUCAGCCCAAUGGCCCUAUUUUCCACAAAAUCAUGCGUGAUCUUCAGGAAAUUGCUAGCCUGGAUACACCCAGUGGUGCUAUUGGAUCAGAUAUCAAAUUGCCACAGGUUCAUGCCUUAAAUUGCCUGAAAGAUAUUUUCACGAAUACCAAAUUGGCCACGUUGACAGAAGCUUAUAUCAUGCCGUGCCUAAGGAUAUCUGCUGAAUGCUUGGGAUCAAAAAUGUGGACGAUUCGCAAUUGCGGAUUGAUGCUCUUCAAGGCUUUAAUGAAUCGGAUGUGUCGUUUCAAGGCAGGAUGCAGCGUAGGCUUAGGUGGAAAUUCUGGAUCUGAACUAGGGAGCAGGAUCAUCUUUCAAAAGUAUCCCGGCUUAAUUGAGCUAUUGGCCCAACUCCUACAAGAUUCUAUCGUGAAUGAGUCAAAAGGGUCGAGUUCGAAAUUAUGGGAACUUUCCAUCAAAACAGAACGAGUUUUCCCAGCCCUUGAGCUAAUUGGAGAGAAGGUACCAUCUUUCUCAGGGGAUGAAGACAAAUUCCUAAAAAUCCUUGUAUUCGAACAGUUUCGGAGUCCCGUUUGGGGUAUCAGGGAGCACUCAGCGAGGAUAUAUGCGUCCCUUCUCCGGCAUGAAGAGAUACUGGCGAGUGUUUGCGAACUUUCCGCAGUUUCCCAUGAAUCUAUCCCUCAGAACCAAAUCCACGGAACGGCAUUAUGUAUUAGAUAUGCUCUGCAAAGGCUGUGGGUUUCCUCGAGCAGUUACUGGUUAGAUAACACUGGAACGGCUUUUUCCACUGUACGGGAAGUUUGCAAAAAUCUAUUUCCGUGGGCCAAGUCUCAUUUUGUGCAGGCUACCUUGGUUGAAAUACUUAAUGAUGUCGUUCAGGCUGCUAUCCGCUGUGGCCUUGAAACCACUGUCCUAGCACAAAUCAAUACAUUAUUGGAAAACCACGGCCUUUUCGAUUUACUCAGCGAACUACUCUCACAGGCCGAUACACCAAUUCCCAGAUCUUCAUUUCUUCUCCUAAAAGCAAUUUCUGUCUCUAAAAUUAGCAUCAUGCUAGCACAGAAUCUCGCAUUAGAAGAUCUAUUGGUGUUUAUGAAUUCUAUCUCAGCACUAGACUCUGAUACCACCUGUUGGUUGCUAGACCGUAUACAGCACACUUUUUGCUCCCAUAAAAGGUCGCAGAUACGGAGAAUAGAGUUCUACAUUGCCAUGAUUCAGGGCGCUCGCUCUCAGCAAAUACAGCUUACCAUGACCUCGAACCUAGCGGACGACUUGAUGUUGCUGUUUGAACAUCAUACUCAGAUAUCGGAUGAGUUCGCCUCCUUACGACAAUUAGUUGUAUCUGUAGAUAUACCAGAAGACAGCGAUGGUGUCAGUUUAUGGAAUCGUGAUUUGGCUAAUGCGUCACUACGCUUGCGGGGAUGCUUCUUGGCAUUGAGCAUGCUAUCAUCCGAUGCCCCUGAGUUUGCCUUAGAGUUCAAAGCAAGGUUGGAUAAGUGGAACCAGUGCCUAAGAUUUGCCAUGUCUGAUGAAACUGAAUUCUCAACCCGCCAUGCAGCUGCAGUCUCAAUGAAAAUUUUCUUCUUGGGGUUAAGAAUAAGCAGCAGCCACUCUACGAUUAAACCCUAUCUCCUAGAAACAUGUCUUGUUUUGUAUGGGAUGUUAGUCGACGAUGAUGAGGGCAUCAGAUAUCUUGCAGCUCAAGCAGCGUCCAUACUUCUCUCUCUUGAAUUUAAUAGCACAAACAAAACCACUGCAUUACUCCCUCUCGCUGCGAGUUCUAAGUUGGCCGAUAUCCUUGCCGAAAAUUUCGUUGAUUCUACAAUACUAUGUGCAGAGGCAAUGGGUCGAUUCCUAGGACUGCCAAUCAGCCUCUUGGUUUCAAGUAUCGACAGUACUACAAGUCUCACUCCUGUUCCCAGGCUCCUCGAGAAAUUUCAGACAAAAAGCACAGUUCUAUUCCAAGAAGAGAAACAGAAUUUGUUCGUUGAAGACGUACGGGAGGUUGAGACAUGGGCGAAAGUUCUAACGCGAAUAAUAUUGAGGCCAGGAAACACACACUUUGCUCUACAGCUUUACUCCUGGGUUACUGAGGGCAUUUCCGCGUUGAUCGAUGCAAUGGGAGAGGCCGGUGAAGAUGGUGUGCUAGGCUGGGUUUCCAACCCAGACGUGUUUAUCUUGGGCAUUCGAGUCAUUCGCGGCGCGAACAUUCUUCUCCUUGCACCCCCAUCUGAGACUUUGUCCUUGGACAAGGGAUGGAUCAGUCAAGGGCUGGAAAUUCUGUGGAGUCAGGGUCGGAAAGUUGAGAUGCACCAUUGCUGGUUAUCUCAUCUGAGAACGGUUAUUGAUUGUGAUGACCAUCAGGAGGAAUUCCUUUUGUUGUUGCCCCUGGGACAUCUGCCACUGAACCACGUCCGCCGCCACCUUGAACAAGGAUUGUUUGACUCCUCUUACGACAGCAUAUCGCAUGGCCUUUAUGCCUGGGUAUGUAUGCGAGCCUCUAAAAAUUUCGAUAUUCAAGUGCCUGCGACGCGGGUAUAUCAAGCAUCUCCAGCUGUCCUGUUUCAACACCAGAACCACCAACUCUUCUUCAGGGUGAUUCUCGUGCAGAAAGCCAUGCGCCCCAGUCAUGUCAUCGUUGUCAUUCUAGUCUUAAUACCUGUAUUCGCCCUCGCCGUAUAUAGAUUGGGCACCCACCUCGUUAUUGUGUUCUACCACAACGUAGCGAUGAACAAAAUGAUGCUGGAAACACGUGAAGUAGAGGAAGCUGAAGCAGCUCAGGCAGUCAACCCACCUCCUAAUCCUCAGCCAGCACAGCCAGUCCAGCCGGCGCAUGCACCCGCCAACGGACCGCUUGCUAAUAACGGGCCGCCAGCGAACGCACAACCGGACAAUGCAGCGCAAGCAAACAACCAGCAGCCAGCAAAUGGGAAUGCAAACGAGAAUGGCCAUGGAAAUCCAGCCAACGGGCCACCAGGAAAUGGACAACCGCCUAUCAGGAAUCCCGAAAACGGGAAUGGACAAGGGAAUGGGAAUUGA